AUUAUCUACUUCAAUAACUCUUUCGAGGAUAUAGCACGAGUGGCACUUUACCAUUUGACGCAGGCAUAGACGAAGAUUAAUCAUCGAUAUGUCGUCACAAUCAAGCAAAAGUCAAAGUUGGGUUGCCAUGGUAAAAUUCACUAUGCUAGCUAUGUGUAUGUUUAGCGCCGGUAAGCAGUCAGAAAUGAAGCGGCCGGAAGCUAUUCCUUUCCAUCCCACCAACCAGCUACCACUCAUGCCACCUGUAAAGACGCGCGAGCGCUUCAUCCCCAAAUACGAGUGUCCUCCACAGAACCCACCUCACAUAGCGCGAAAAGGAAAGGAAAAAGCAAUAGACGGAUGCAAAGAAAACCUCCCCAGAAGCUGCUCUCCAUUUUGUAUCCCCGACUCUUCGACUGAUGAUGUGCCAUACAGAGACGAUUUGCCAACCAGAAGCGCUUGUGCCGCUCCGUAUUGCUCUGAUCACACUCCGCCAAUCACCCCUCACCCCCAUAUUAGCUCCUCCAGACGUGCUCUCCUCCACAGAUUCGGAAACAAACAGACAAGGAAAAAAAGGAAAUAGGAGAUUGUGCACUUCAAAACAUGUUUCUCUGGGCGGAUAGGCGGUCUGCUCUGGAUGCUAUGACGAAUGUUGUAAACGUCGUCGGGUUGUGCAAACGAGCUUGCGAUGACCAUGUUCCUGCUUGCUUCGUGACCAAAAUGUAACGUCGAUGCCGAAUGAUGCUGAUGCUAUUCGAUACCAAGGCCAUCGCAUUGU